UGGUUCACGGCUUCUGCASCAUCCCAACAUGAAAACCUUUWAUUUUUCAUUUAUAAAUGGUGAAUAUUUAUGAUCCAGUCAGUUCUGGUUCGGUCCAGUCCAGCUGGUUCGGGUGGGUGUUCUGAACUCUGCGGUCAGUGAUUUAUUAGUUCCUCCAGGGGGCGGUAGAGCGCAAAGAGCUCCUUCCUAACCUCCAAAGAAGAAUGGGAACUUUGCCCCAGUUCAGCCGGUCCUGGAACCAGAACCCCGACCCAGAUUGGCCCAGACAAGAGUUCUAGAUGAAGGCCGUGAUCCUCGCCGCGGGCUACGGAACCAGACUGCAGCGGGACGUUUCCUCCGACCGCAGCGGCAGGUUCGCUCACCUGGUCGGGGUUCCGAAGCCGCUGCUGCCGGUGGGCCGGAGCCCGCUGAUCAGCCGCUGGGUCCGGGCGCUGACCCGGUCCGGGGCGGUGGACGGGAUCUACGUGGUGACCAACGCUCUCCACCAGGCUGCAUUCGCCGUUUGGGCCGCAGAGUUUCCGGAAGUGCAGAUUCUCAGCGAUGAGACGCGAAGCAACGAAGAGCGGCUCGGCGCCGUCGCCUGCCUGCAGCUGGCGGUGAAGCACUUCGGCAUCCAGGACGGCGUGAUCGUCAUUGGAGGCGACACGCUGUUCAGGGAGGACUUCAGUCUGGGCCGGGUCGCACAGAAGGUUUCCGAGCUGCAGGCGAGGAGCGCCGACAGCUGCCUGCUGCUGUGCUACCGCUGCAGGGACGAAGGUGAGAUCAUCAUCAUCAUCAUGCUGCAGUUAGUGGAAGGACGAACGUUCUCCUGCUGCUCUGCAGAAACCCAGAAGUACGGGAUCCUGGAGGUGGAUGAUGAUCUCCGGGUUCUCCGGAUGAAGGAGAAGCCGCGGCCUUCAGAGACCGAGUCCAGGAGAGCCUGUCCGUGUUUCUACGUGUUCUCCAAGGAGAGUCUUCCUCUGCUGGACGCCUUCCUGCAGGAGAAGAAGGUCAAAUUCAACCUGAACGACGACUUUCAGUUUCCAGACGUUCAGAUUCUCACUGAGAAACUUUGUGUCAUCAGGACGCUCCGAUCGAAGAGCGCGACGCUCCGGGGAACUUUGUGUCAUGGCUCAUCCCGAGGUAACGGGAAACGACGUCCGUCCAGCAAGCAGAAAAUGGUCUCUAACUUUCUAACUUCAACAGGAAGCCGGUUUUCACCCAGGAGAUCUCUGGACGCUUCGACGUGGGAAACCUGCCGUCGUACCUGGAGUGUGACGUUUACUUCAGCCAGAAGCUGCAGGACGACAAAACCUUCAUGGUUUAAAGGGCCAGCUUUUAAUGGGAAAUGAUUUCAGAAUGAUUCAAACAGGAA